AUACCACACACCGUACAUGCAGGAUGACACACCGUACAUGCAGGAUGUGUUACUUUGUUCGGAUAAUAUUCAUAAUGUGGUGGCAGAGGGUGUUAUCAUUGAUGGGGUGGGUCCACUGACUAUUCAUGGUGUUCAACUGACAGACGAAUAUGCGAAGGUGCGAGUCACCAAAAUGUUACAAGAGGAUGCUGAAAUCCCAUGUUCUGUUGGGGAGAUACACUAUGUUCGAGAUACUUAUGACACAUUUCUUCCUUGGCCAAAAGAUUUAAUUAUGACUGACCAGGGUCCUCUAAGAAAGAAACCUCCUAUGUCAAAAAGUUCAUCCAAGGAUAUGUCAAAACCUCCUAUGACUAGCCCGCAUCUGUCAUCAGCUGGGUCUCACGUCAAUCCAGAAAACACUCUGACCGAAGGCCAACCAUUUGCCGAUCACAUCAUGAAUCGCAUCCAUGUUAGCCUUCAGUUUAUGGUGAGAGAAUUUUGCAGAGUUAAGGGAAUAAACUCAGUCGUCUCCAUUCCAGUGGACCCAACAUUCAUGAAUCGCGAGUCAAUAUUCCUAACUUCAGAGGAUGUGGAACAAGUUGCUACCUUGCAUAUGAUUGGAGGCUCAGCAAUGAUAUUCGGAUUAAGAUGCAUUUGGGAGUCCCUAUUUCCAAAUCAGCGUGUCUAUUACAAGUUUUAUGACAUUGAACGUCUUAGCAUUAAUAAUGUUAACGAUGUAGAGCGAUCAACCAUUGACUUGGCGAAUUGGUUGAUGACCAUGGAUAGAGUUGGUCAACUUUACCUUAUACCUUGGAACAUACGGGAACAUUGGAUAUUGGUGAUUGCUAUGCCUAAAGGAAAAAUCGUGUUCUUAGAUCCAUUGAAAUCACACAAACGUCCAGAAGAAAUUGAUUCAAUGAUAAUGAGUGCAUAUUAUAGAGCUUCUUCCAAUGCAUUACUCGGCAAUCCCACAAAGAUAUUCAAUGUUACAUGUCCAAGACAACCACAAAGUCAUGAAUGUGGUUUUUAUGUCUUGAAGUACAUUAGAGAUCUUAAAUCAUGA